GGCGCGCAAGUCAGUGUUGCGUGUGAUACUGGGCGUGCAAGUAGAAGCAUCUGAAUAUACACGCGUCCCAAGUGGCAGGUGUAGUCGCACGUUGCCGUGUAAUAUAUAGGCUAAAACUAUUUUGAAUUGCUCAUGUACAAGUAGGAAUCUCCACCAGAAUGAGUGGAAGUUCGAGUCCGAAUGUCGCCAUGGCUGCUCACCAUGUCAAUAGUGCAGAUUAUUUGGCUCAGCUCUUGAAAGACAGGAAGCAGAUAGCUGCGUUUCCAGCUGUUUUCAUACACCUUGAACGACUCUUGGACGAAGAGAUAAACAAGGUUAGACUGAGUCUCUUCCACUUGAACGGAGUGAAGGAUGAGCCGCUUAAUCUACCCGAGGCCACGGGACCGGUGGUCACAGCCUCCGAGAAGGUCUACGUGCCUGUCAAGGAAUUUCCUGAUUUCAACUUCGUGGGCAGGAUUCUGGGUCCGCGCGGCAUGACGGCGAAGCAGCUCGAGCAGGACACGGGCUGCAAGAUCAUGGUGCGCGGCAAAGGCUCGAUGCGAGACAAGAAAAAGGAGGAAGCGAAUAGGGGCAAGGCGAACUGGGAGCACCUCAGUGAGGAUCUUCACGUUCUCAUCACAUGCGAGGACACCGAAGAACGCUCAAAGAUCAAACUGCAGAGAGCAAUGGUGUGCAUCAAGAAGCUGCUCGUGCCCUCUGCUGAUGGUGAGGACGACCUCAAGAAGAGCCAGCUGAUCGAGCUGGCUAUGCUGAACGGCACCUACCGCGACGAGAACAGCCUCAAGCGGCAGCACUCACAGAUGCAGCAGCUCGCUGGCAUGCAGCAGAUGCAGCCGCGAGAGUUCGGCCCGUCCGACGCCAGCCAUCUCCUUGGUGGAACCUACCUGAUGGAAACGCCGAGGCUGAUGUCGCCACACAACGUCGCCAUGCAAUCUCAACAGAUGCGCUCGUCCGGCCAAGUGGGGGCGCCACUAAUCCUGCAGCCUCGUCCCCAGCUGACGCCAGGUGGCGCCGCAGCCGGUACUCAUCUGAUUGCUCACGGCGGCAUGUCGGGGAUGCCGCCUCCGCUCAUCUCUCCCGUCGACACGUCGACCGGCUUGCCGCAGUUUGUCUACCCGUUUGACUACCACCCCUACCUGACGCAGACCCCCACCAACCUGCUUGAGGGCUACCACACGCUCGACCAGAACGCUGUCACUCUAGGUGCAAUAGCGAAGCAGAGGCGCCACCUAGCGGGCAUGAGAGACCACCCGUACCCAAGGCAGGUCUCCAUGCAAUGAUCCAGCUUUCAGCUGUGGUUUGACUAACAACUGAACCCUCCUGCCUGCACUCAUCACAUGACCCACAGGUUGCAUUUGAUUGGCUCAGGCACAGGACUAACCAAGCAGGUGUGGAUGCAUCGGCGCCCUCUAAACUCACAUCUGGGGUGUGCAGCCACCCCAUUACUGGACAGUAAGCACUCUCCUAUUAUUUCCUUCAGACUAAUGUUUUUAGUCUGUCAUAUCUCAGUGCCAUAAUGUAGAUUUUAUUAAUAAUUAUUUGUUUUUUUAAUAAUAAUAUUGGACUAAAGAAUCUUUGUGAAGAUAGAUCAAAAGUGACGCUGGUAAGCAACGUUGACGUUAUAGCGUGUGCUUCGUGAAUCUCAUGGUUGUAGUAAAAAAGGACUAGGUAGCAGCUAGUGGCUGGUACCUCUUCAGAUGUGAUAUCUUAACCUUGCAUACAGGGUUACGACAUGCGUCAGUGUUUGCCGUGAAGUAUUUAACAUUUAAUUUCACAGUUUCUUGGCUCCACAGUUUUUAAUCUCUUGAAUCUAAUCUGUUUCCUCAUUCCUGAGUGCAAUAUAUUACCACAUUAAACGAUUGGAUAAAUUAUUAUAGCUACGUGAAAAAUUCCAUGUGCUGGCUGGCGAUAUUGGUUAUAAUAUAAUUGUCACUUCUGUUGAGUUGUGACACAAUUUCUUAUCGUAGCUUGGCUUUGGCAAAAAUCGGUCAAAUUGCAUGCCGUAGGAAUACCUGUUAACUGAAACGCGGCGGCAACAAGACAUGAGGCAAUAAUAGCUUAUCUGUCGACUAAAAUGUGGGGUAGCGAAAAAACGCAAGGGUCCACGUGGAAUUUUGAGUUUAUGUGAUAAAAUUCUAAUUAUUGUUGUGCUGACGUAUUGCACUCGGGAUUUGUGAAGCCGGGUUACAUUCCCCAGGUUUUCCACCAUGUAGGGAAGUAACUACAAGAAUAAGUGGUUAAUAUUUCUCUCCCUGAGUGAGUCAAUAUGUGCCUCACGGCCAACAUUGGCAUGGUUGGUAACCCGGUUUGCAGGAUUAUAAUGUCGUAUCAAUUACUAUAUAUGCAUUUGAACACAACAUUUGGUUUUAUUUAUUUGUGUUCGUGCACCAGCAUUCUUGACUAAUUUUGUUAGGGAGCAUUGAGUAAGAACCUCUCUCCUGUCAACUUGUGUUAUGUAUAUUAGAUGUAGACUGGUGUCGUUAUUAAGGUUAAUUGUACACACGAAUAGCAAUACGUUCAAUAAAUAUUUCUAGUAGGUGUCAUAGAAAGAUACUUGUGAAAUGGGCAGGUAGCGGGAAAUUUCGAUAUACUGUAACAUAGGAAACGUACCUUGUGGAUUCACAUGUAAUUUCAUCGAAAAAUUGCCCCUACUUGGUAUUAACAUCCUGGCUAGGUGUUGACAGAUUAUGUGUCUGUGUUGUUAAUAUGCUGACCAGUUAACAGCAGUGGCAUUAAUGGUUGGUCGUAAUCAGGCAAUUCAGAGUAGACAAAAGAGCGGGAGUAGCCAGUGGCGCAUCGCAGUGCAGUCAGGCAGGCGAUAAUAAACUUAAAAACUAAUAUUAAAAUGACAUUUAAGAAUUACUGUGACUUAUACACGCAGGUGAUUAUUCUGUGCUGUGACUGCUAGCGAAUAGCGUUGGCGUAGGGAGGUACUGGCGGUUACUUAUACUUUAGUUAUCCGCGCAGCAGAUGUCCUGAUAUAGUCAUAUCAAGAGCUAAUAAUACCUAUAAUUAGUAUAAAUAAUAAUAGUACUAAUAUUAUUAGCUCUUGGUCAUAUGCUUCUCUGUCUCACUACCUCCACUAAUCAUUUGUCGAUUACGCUAGCGUCACUAGGGGUGUAGCUACGUCGCGUGGGCUCGUGCGUUGUAACGUACAAGAAUCACGAGACGUACAAGAGACUUUGGUGUCGAUGUGCUGAGCUGGUAAUCAGCUCUGUAUACCUACGUAUAGAACGAGCAUGUGUUUAUUACGCAUAGAUUCGUGCGCGUAGGUUAACAGUAAGAAAUUCAGAUAGUAUAAGGAUAAUGCAGAAAAUUCAACGAUUACGCGGCCACCUAUUUGGCAGAUAUAAUAGGUGUGGUUCGAGGUCUAAUAGGUUAGCUCUCUAUUUGUGCGGAAAGGCAAACUGUUGCGAAGCGAAGGGCUGCACAGAUAGAGCUAUACUUCGGUGUGCUGUAUGAUGGUAUAUGAUAUAUGGUGUAUGACUGACGUGUCACCAGAGAUGUGUGAAACCAUGGAUCCUGGCUUGUACGCAAUGAAGGUGUUUGGCAGAGACGCCCCCACUUGUAUGUGUAUCACAUAAGCAGAUGAUGUAAAUUACCACAGGUGGGGCAAGCGCGAGUAAAAAAUCUGAAAUCGACUGAAAUCUGAACGAAAUGAUCUGUUAGACGUUUCGUAAAAUUUGCUAACAACAUAGCCCGUGGUGGUUUGCACUGUCGUGCAGGGUUUUAUGUAUGCCUUACCUGGUGAACAUACAUAGCACACUAUAUUUCUACUUAGAAAAUUAUUAAGUAAUGUCGAUUGUUGUUAGUUUGGGGGGAGUGUGGUACCUAAUGGUGACGAUAUUUGUUUUUGUGUGUGUUAUGAAUAAGUUUCCACAUUGACAGAGUGAUAGAACAUGGUGGCAGGUUUUAUUUCUAAUAUUAUGAAUAAUAAUAUUUGGUGCUUUUACAUGAUAGGGAUAUUAUCAGAUGAUAUUAUUGUAUGACUGCGAUUUGUAUACACUGGAUUUUUUGGAUUUCAAUUAUAUAUUAUAUAUGUUCUGUCAACACCAUUGUUAUGGUACUUCCAAAUUCGAAAAAAUCAAAAUAGGUAAUGAUGGAUUCAUUGUUACCAAGUAGUAUUUUCACACUCAAAUUAAUUAGUUUGCUUGCCAUUUUUUGUUAUCCCUGAUGAUAUUUCAAAGAUUUGUUGAACUGAAGUUUGUUAUGGACCUAGAUCUGAAGUAAAAGUAUUUUCAGUGAGAACGUG